AUGGCGCUAUCAGAACCCAACCCCUUCUUGGCUCUCUCAGAGGAAGCCACUGAACAGGCCAGCCCAAUGCGGGCCUUAUUGGAAGGCUCGGGCAUCCCGGAGUCUCUUUGGAAAGAUGUGGCUGUGUUUGCCCCUGAUGAGUUCGGGUCUCUUUCUGAUGCAGAAAUUCAGGAACUCUUAGAUGGCCUUACGUACCCAUCUCAGCCAUCCGAUCUGUUGGUAAAGGCCAGGAUUCGCCUCUUGUGGCGGAAAUGCCAAAAGUCGGGGGCACCCUUGCAACAUGAUCCUCCCAAGCCCAAUCCCGUGGGGAGCACAGGUGCGCUUGCCGAUCAGGCCUCAUGGUCUGAGGCAUUCCCGAAGCGUCUCAGUGGCGAGGCAGUCCGCCAAAUGAUAAAGGCUUUCAGUGAGAAGUACCCUUCGGAACCAUUAAGAUCGCCGUUGGCGAUGGAUACCGUGGAAGCCCCACGGCUUGAAAAUCUGUUGUGGGAAGAGAUACCCAGCAGAGAGUUGCCUACACAGGGCAUGGCUAAGAGUGUUAUGGCAGAACUGCUUCAUUUGCAGGCAGUGGCGAUUGCGCUAGCAGACGGCGCCCAUCUCUACACCCUGCGGGAGAUGAACCGUAAAUUUCUUGUCAAGUGUUUCGAUCACUUGCCUCGGGAUGGGGGGUUGCGAGUGCCAAACAGAUUGGAGGCCGAGAACGCAGAGAAACAGCUUUGGCAACAGAUCGCGGUCUUGUUCAAUGAAGAGCACUGGACGAUGGAUCAGGCAAUACGCGAGGUUGUCGUGGCUCGCAACGAGCUUCACGUUCUGCUCAUGCCGAGGGCCGUCGCACCAAAAAUUCCAUGGCAACCGUGGACGCCGCAUCGCAUCAAAGGCGAUGGCAAGCAGGGGAACCUCGGCAAGGGCGGCAAAGGGGAUAAGGGCAACAAGGGCGGUUCUAAGGAUGGCAAAGGUUCCCAGCGUCAUACCUUGAUGAUCAAUGGCCUGCGAGUGGGUCGCGCCCUGGCCACGUUUUCUGAAGUCCCACCGGUGCCCGCAGCAGUGGACUUAGCAAACAGUGAGGGCUCCAUGAAUUUGAACGUCUCCGUUGGGGACUUUCAGGGGGGUGCAUUGUGGCUGGAGUCAGCAACAGGCACUUUGUGGCGCCAGCCACCAGGCAGCCAGCACUGGGUGAAGGGCGAAGAGGUUCAGACUUUUCGUAAUCCCGUUGCUUUUCCAGCGUGUGCCUGGCAUGAAACCAUGCCAUUCGUGGGUACUAGAUGGUCCAUCACUUGUUACACGUUGCCCCAUGUGCCAGCGGGUACAUUAGCCAAUCUUGGCUUUCCGGAGGUAUCUCCGGAGCAACUUCCUCGUGUAUCGCAGACACAGGAGUCAGCUGCCGCAUCCGCGGUUCAUUCCAGUGAGCCAAUCUCAGCCCUGCCACCGGUGGUGGCCACACAGCGGCACCCUCUUUUCUUCUUGGAUCUUUUCGCCGGUGCAGGUGCACCACUCUGUCAGGAGGCCGCACGUCGGGGUUGGGCGUGUAUUCCCAUAGAUAUUCUACAUAACAAGGCAUCAGACUUACGUGAUGAUCGCAUCUUCGAUAGCCUCUUGAAGCUUUCCCACUCAGGUGCAGUAGCGUUUGCAAACGCAUCCCCUCCUUGCUGCGAAUACAGCAUUGUGAAGCAGUUUGAUGGCGGACCGCCACCCUGCCGAUCAUGGGAAUGCUUGGCAGGCUUUCCCUCCAACAAUGACGAAGCCCAGGAGCGUGUUCGAUCCAGCCACCUUCUGUUAUCUCGGGCAGUCAUGCUCUUGCACGCUGUAUAUCAGAGUGGCAAUCACGUAAGCUUAGAACAACCCCGUAACUCUAUGGCUUGGGCUGAGCCCGUGACUCAGGCUUUCCUUCUGGAAAUUGCGGCGGAUGUGAUUCAGGUUGCAGCCUGCAGUUAUGGUUCGAGCUAUGCAAAGUACUGGGCCUUCGCCACCAGUUGGCGACCUUUACAGCAAUUGCAAAGUACUUGCCAGCACGCUGCGGGUCAUCAUGAUACGUUUCACGGUAAACGUGACGCCACAGGCCAGUUCGUGUCUCGGCAUACGGCGGUGUUCCCUCCCAUGCUGUGCAAUGCGUUCAUGGAGGCCAUUAGCCCGUUGUUCCCAGAGAACUCACAUGCUACCGACUUCACGUCAUUGGAUCAGGCACUUUCUGCAUUGCCAAUUCGCCCCUUGAACGAUUUCCCGACUGGCCAGCAGGAUGGUGGCGGCAUUUACAGCCAGCCCGACUGGACUUCUCCUCCGGCGGGGUCAAAGGAUACUUUCCGCCAGUUGCGUCAAGAUAUGUGGGGGUUUUUCAAAGAGCAUAAACUUUUUGAUCGCCUUCGCAAACAUGUCAGCCAGUCAUCGCAAGAGCCUCUCAUUCAGCAGCAUGAGCUCCCUGCAUUGCGGUCGAUUUGGGAAGAUUGGUUUAGAGCCCAGGGCUUCACGGAUUCAGUUUCAUGGGAGGUCGCGCCCGACCAGCCUUACUGUCUUCAGGCACUUGAGCUUCUGAGCAAGGCUCUUGACGACCGUGAUGUGGCACUUUGGAAGGACUUACAGGCUGGGGUGCCAACGGGUGUUGAUGGUGACAUUUCUAUGAGCAACUGCGCCUGGCAACAGCUAGCAGACACCUUGACGGAUGACUUGCAUUUCCGCAAAUCGCCACCAGGGUCGACCAUCCCCCCGGGCAGCAAGUUGUUGAGUGCUCGCCAUGUGGAAAUCAAGUGCAAAGCGGACUUGCGCUUGGUGCGGGCCACAGGCAAACGUGUCUGGAUUCGUGUGGCGGAUGCAUCAUCUAGCAAGCGUCGAAUCAGCACGGUGAGCAGACAGUUCAUCAUGUUCUGGGUGCACUUUUGCAUGCGGCCUCAGAUGCCCCGCUGCUUGUCUUUGCCGCCUUUGGACUUUCAGUAUUCAUUAGCUGCUGACGCUUGUGCUAAGGGCAACGACAUUGGGAUUGGCGGAUGGGUUGAAUUGCCGAAUCAGCCCAUUGUUUGGUUUUCCGAAUGGUUUACGGUCCAAGAUUUCCGUGCGCUGGGAUUGCCCAUGAAAGAUGAUGCUAAUUUGGACAUUACAGCGUAUGAGACGCUGGCACAACUGGCUCUCUUGAUCGCUUUCAUUUCCAUCACUCCUACUGGGUGGAAAGGCGACUUGCAGGAACUUCCUUCCCGGUUCAUCUUGGAUCACCGGGUUCGUUGCCCACUCACAGUCUUGUGGGAGGGCGAGCGAGAUGUUCGCGUUUUCCCGCCA